CCGUCUGACGAAGUGACGGCAAUCUUAUCUGUUUGGGCUGCAACCGCCUUGCAACAGGGAACUGGAGGUUGAAUUGAAAUCGCUGGCUCGCAGAAGAGGCAGGUGGUACUACGCAGACCCACCUCCGCUUGGCAGUCUGAACGCUCCUUGGUCUUGGUGGAACUUCAUUUUAUUUGCCGAUCAGAUCUUAAAAUUAGUUAAAUAAAUACAUGUCUGUAAUACUUCUGUUGUAGUAUAUGCCCCGAGAUGGAAAACGCGCACACUAAAUCGGCAUCAGAAGUUUUGGAAAACUUCGGUGUGAACGAAAACACUGGACUGACACUUGAACAAGUAAAAAACAAUUUGGAAAAAUAUGGACCAAACGAGCUGCCUGCUGAGGAAGGCAAGUCCUUGUGGGAGCUGGUGGUGGAGCAGUUUGAAGACCUCCUGGUGAGGAUCCUCCUCCUGGCUGCCUGCGUCUCUUUUGUGCUGGCACUGUUUGAGGAAGGGGAGGAGACGACAACAGCUUUCGUGGAGCCCAUCGUCAUCCUGCUGAUCCUCAUCGCCAACGCUGUGAUUGGAGUAUGGCAGGAGAGGAACGCGGAGAACGCCAUCGAGGCCCUGAAGGAGUACGAGCCCGAGAUGGGGAAGGUCUACCGCAUGAACAGGAAGGCCGUGCAGCGGAUCAAGGCGCGGGAAAUCGUCCCCGGGGACAUCGUGGAGGUGGCCGUUGGUGACAAGGUUCCUGCUGAUAUUAGGAUCACGUCCAUAAAAUCCACAACUCUACGGGUGGACCAGUCCAUUCUGACAGGGGAAUCUGUGUCCGUCAUCAAACACACAGACCCCGUUCCUGACCCCAGAGCUGUCAAUCAAGACAAGAAAAACAUGCUAUUUUCGGGCACCAACAUCGCCGCGGGCAAGGCCAUCGGCGUGGUGGUGAGCACCGGCGUCGCCACGGAGAUCGGAAAGAUCCGGAACCAGAUGGCGGGCACGGAGCAGGAGAAGACGCCGCUGCAGCAGAAGCUGGACGAGUUCGGGCAGCAGCUCUCCAAGGUGAUCUCGCUCAUCUGCGUGGCGGUGUGGGUCAUCAACAUCGGCCACUUCAACGACCCCGUCCACGGCGGCUCCUGGGUGCGCGGCGCCAUCUACUACUUCAAGAUCGCCGUGGCGCUGGCGGUGGCCGCCAUCCCCGAGGGCCUGCCCGCCGUCAUCACCACCUGCCUGGCGCUGGGCACGCGGCGCAUGGCCAAGAAGAACGCCAUCGUCCGCAGCCUGCCCUCCGUGGAGACGCUGGGCUGCACCUCCGUCAUCUGCUCCGACAAGACGGGGACGCUCACCACCAACCAGAUGUCCGUCUGCAGGAUGUUCGUGGUGGACAAGGCGGAUGAGUCCAACUGCUCAGUGCAUGAGUUCUCCAUCACUGGAUCCACCUAUGCCCCUGAGGGACAAGUUCUUAAAGGAGAUCGGCCUGUUCAGUCUGGGGAUUUCGAUGGCCUGAUAGAGCUGGCCACCAUCUGUGCCAUGUGCAACGACUCCUCCCUGGACUACAACGAGGCCAAGGGCGUGUACGAGAAGGUCGGGGAGGCCACGGAGACCGCGCUGACCACCCUGGUGGAGAAGAUGAACGUGUUCAAGACGGACGUCUCAGGGCUGAGCAAGGUGGAGCGGGCCGGCGCGUGCAACUCGGUCAUCAAGCAGCUGAUGAAGAAAGAGUUCACCCUCGAAUUCUCUCGCGACCGCAAGUCCAUGUCCGUGUACUGCACUCCCACCAAGCCAGGCUCCCAGAGCAAGAUGUUCGUCAAGGGUGCCCCGGAGAGCGUCAUCGAGCGCUGCCAGUACCUGCGGGUGGGCACCGGCAAAGUCCCGCUCACCGCCCCUCUGAGGGAGCAGCUGAUGAGCCUGAUCAAGGACUGGGGGACGGGCCGGGACACCCUCCGCUGCCUGGCGCUCGCCACCCGCGACAACCCGCCCAGGAGGGAGGGCAUGGACCUGGAGAACGCCACCAAGUUCUCCGAGUAUGAGACGGCCCUGACGUUCGUGGGGUGCGUGGGCAUGCUGGACCCCCCGCGGAAGGAGGUGGUGGGCUCCAUCAAGCUGUGCGCGGAGGCCGGCAUCCGGGUCAUCAUGAUCACCGGCGACAACAAGGGCACGGCCGUGGCCAUCUGCCGCCGCAUCGGCAUCUUCGGCGAGGACGAGGACGUGGCCGGCAGGGCCUACACGGGCCGCGAGUUCGACGACCUGGCCCCCGAGGCCCAGCGCGAGGCGGUCAAGCAGGCCCGCUGCUUCGCCCGCGUGGAGCCCGCCCACAAGACCAAGAUCGUCAGCUACCUGCAGUCCUUCGACGAGAUCACGGCCAUGACGGGCGACGGGGUGAACGACGCCCCGGCUCUGAAGAAGGCGGAGAUCGGCAUCGCCAUGGGCUCGGGGACGGCGGUCGCCAAGUCGGCUUCAGAGAUGGUCCUGUCCGACGACAACUUCUCCACCAUCGUGGCGGCGGUGGAGGAGGGCAGAGCCAUCUACAACAACAUGAAGCAGUUCAUCCGCUACCUCAUCUCCUCCAACGUGGGCGAGGUGGUCUGCAUCUUCCUCACAGCCAUCCUGGGUCUCCCAGAGGCACUGAUCCCAGUACAGCUGCUUUGGGUCAACCUGGUGACCGAUGGACUCCCCGCCACCGCUCUGGGCUUCAACCCUCCUGACCUGGACAUCAUGGACAAGCCCCCACGCAACCCCAAGGAGCCCCUCAUCUCUGGCUGGCUGUUCUUCAGAUACUUAGCCAUCGGAGGUUAUGUUGGACUGGGGACCGUGGGGGCAGCUACAUGGUGGUAUCUCUGCGAUGAAGAAGGCCCACAGGUCUCCUUCACUCAGUUGAGGCACUUCAUGCAGUGCACUGAAGACAACCCCAUGUUCUCUGGGAUCGACUGUGAGGUCUUUGAGUCACGCUACCCCACCACCAUGGCUUUGUCCGUGCUGGUUACCAUAGAGAUGUUCAACGCACUGAACAGCUUGUCUGAGAACCAGUCCCUGCUCAGGAUGCCCCCGUGGGUCAACAUCUGGCUGCUGGGAGCCAUAGUCCUCUCCAUGUCGUUACACUUCCUCAUCCUCUAUGUGGAGCCCCUGCCGCUGAUUUUCCAAGUGACCCCUCUGCACUGGUCCCAGUGGAUUGUGGUCCUGAAGAUCUCCAUCCCGGUCAUCCUGCUGGACGAGGCCCUCAAGUACCUCUCCCGCCACCACUUAGAAGCCUAACUCUCUCCUCUUGUCCUCUGUGAAAAGGACAAGAGGAGGAGAAAUACAGGAAGAGAAGGCAGCUGAAAUUUUAAGAGUCCCUCUUCCCCCCCCCUUCUAAGAGACAACCCUUCCCCCCCCCCCACCUCAGCCCUAAGUACACCGAACAUCUUGCAUGUUGAACCACCACUAGAGAUGAAACAGGGCUUGCAUGUGUCGGAGAGCGUGUGAGUGUGUGCGCCCGCACACGCGCGUGUGAGCGCGUGUAUGUGUGUGUGUGCGCGCGGGUAGGGGCGAGCGUGAAACCAGCUGCGGAAUAUAGUGAUGUGAUUGUUGCUUUCGUUCUCUUUGAUUUUGAUUAGUCUCUGUACAUAUUAGUGCAAUAACUGGACCAGAGGGGUGAGGGGGGGAGUGUGAGGGGACAUUGGGAGGGUGUGCUGGGUUCAAGAAGGGGAUUUGGAGGUCCCGGAGUGGGCAACACCCGGGGACAGGCUGUGGUGGAGAGGCAAGCUGGGAAGGGGAGCGUUUUUGAGCAGGCACCUUAAGAAGGCAGCUCGGACGGAUGGAGGCCCCCACCCCGCUCCUUUCCAACACUUCGCCAGCUCCCCAUCGGAUCCCCAGUGGAGCCGUGGGCGGUGACCCGCCCCUGGCCCCGCCCCUGGCCCCGCCCUCGCUCGGGACGCAUCUCGACCGAUGUGACUGACAUUCCGUUCCUGCAGCGAAGGCCUGCGUGCGGUCUCCCCCGAUUGGCUGCACUGCGGACCCCCCCGCCUGCACCACUGUUCAGACCACUCGUCCGCCAGCACUCCCUCCCUCCUUUCUUUCCGUCCCUCACCUCCAAUCCAUCCCUCUUUUCUGCCCUCUCUCUUUCCCUCUCGUCUGGGUCUUUCUCUUUCUUGUGGUCCCUCCUCUCCUCCCCCGUGCUAACUUUCUCUAUCUCUUUCACUUCCAGCUCUUUUUUUCUCCCCCCUCCCUCUCAGGGGCUGGUCUGAGCACGUGUGUCUCCUUGCUCACGCCCUGCUGCGCCGGACUUCACCCGUGCACGCCCCGCCCUCACCUCCGCAGUUCUCGCUCACAUCGUCUAGCUGAAGGAGGACGUGCUCCAUUUUGAAUGUGCAGAUAGCUUAUAGGCUGCUUGCUGCUUCUAGGAUGGCGUUAGACUUCUAUACCAAAACAAAUUUUGAAAAACAGGGUCUAAGAAGAACUGAUAUUGUCAGGAUGUUUUUGGGGUUUUUUUUGUUUUUUGUUUUUGAACAAUGGCAUCGCAAUAGUUAGAGCUUUUCAGGCUUCCCUAGAUAAAAUGCGAAAAAAAGUUAGUAGAGA